AUGACUGCCGGGUUCGUUUAUUUGCCUCAGCUUCCAACUUGGCUUCAACGAAACUGCUGCGUCAGUGCGGGCGGCUCGCCGCGCCGCCCGGCGCUGCAGCAGAGGCUUUCGAGGCAAGUGGAAAGCUCUUUAGCCUUUGAAGAAAGUCCCAAGUGCUGCAGCAGCAGCUUCCCCGCAGCUCUUUCCUUGCUGCAGCUGCUGCAGCGAAGCUCUCGCGCUUCCUUGCAGCAGCAGCAGCAGCAGCAGCAGCAACAGCAGCAGCACCUAGGCGGAGAUCAGCGCCUCCGCCGACGCGCCGCCGUUCCCCAAGAGGAGCUGCUGCACCUCCUCGACCGUGCUGCUGCAGCUGGGGCAGCACUGCUGCUGCAGCAGCAGCGCUGCUGCAGCCCUGCUGCAGCGACCGUGCUGCUGCAGCAGCAGCAGCAGCAACGAACAGGAACUCCAGGAUAUUGUCUCGAGACUUUAUUGCAACUAUUCUUUUCCCUUCAGGCUGCUGUUAAUCAAGAAAGAAUUGAAGACACAGACAGAGAAAUUGCAGCAGAAUUGGGAGGCGGGGGGGCCCCCCGGGGGCCCCCUGGAGGGGCCCCCGCAGCUUUUGCAGCUCCUACGUUAAGUGUUGCAGGCGAAGAACAACUGCAGCAGCAGCAGCAGCAGCAGCAGCAGCAGCAGCAGCAAGGGGGAGCAGCUGCCUCGCCUGCAAAGGCCUUUGGGGGCCCGGGCCUUUCAGUUGCUGCUCCAACUGCAGCAGCCAGAACAGCAGCAGCAGAAGCAGCAGAAGCAGGAGCAGCAGCAGCAGCAACAAAGCCAGUCAAGCCCUUCAAAGGCCCUUCUUUCGGCGUGGCAGCGCCGACAGCAGCAGCAGCAGAAGCAGCAGAAGCAGCAGCAGCCGAAGAGGAAGCAGAAGAGCGAGAAGCAGCAGCAGCAGCAGCAGCAGCAGGCUUUAAGUCCCCAGAAUUUGGCGUUGCUGCUGCAGGCUAUGAGGGCUGGCCCCCGCCAGGUGUACAGACACCUGAGAAGGGCCACGGGCGGGGAGUGAGUUGA